AUGCCGUGCGGGGCCAUCCUGAGGGGUUCCCACCGGCACCUAGAAGCCUUUCAUCUCUCUGGGAAGAAGCAGGAGGGGUCCUGCUCAUCACUGAAAACCUUGGCCCCUGUGGGUGCAGCAGAUGGACCUUCCAGGACCCCCUGGGCAACCGACCACCCCACUCGGGCAUCUCUCCAGCACCACAGCUCUUGUCCUGCUGUGCCCCCCAAGCCUGCACUCUGGGCUCUCCUGCUGGCACUGCUGGGGAUGGUGCCAAGCUGGGCUGGGCUCCACACCUGCAGCAUCCCUGACGUGCUCCGCCACUACCGUGCGGUCAUCUUUGAAGACCUACAGGCAGCUGUGAGACGGGUUGGGCCAGGGGUGGAAGGGACAAGGCCAGGCUCCAGACACCUCUAUGUCAUUCAAAAAAAUCUGACUGGGGCCGCAGCCCUGCAGCGGCGACGACCAGUGGGAGCCUCCUGCAGAGCCCAGAAGGAACACAGUAUCCUGCUGUCCAUCGCGUCUCUGGGGGAGACUCUGCGCGGUGCAGUGCCUGGGGCCCGACGCGAUGCGCUGGAGAAGGCAGCGUGGACUGUGGCCGUGCGCACGGAGGCAGUGAUGCGGCGCCACUGCAGGACGCCGCGCCAGCUGAGCCGGCGGCCCGGGACGCGCCCUGCCUGGCGCCGCGGCGGCCGGAGGCGGCUUCUGCUGCGGGCCCUGGACGCCGUCGCCACCUGCUGGGAGAAGCUCUUCGCGCUGCGCGCAGCGGCCGCGUAGGGCUCCUAGCGCGCUCUGCGCGGGGCGGAGAGGCCGGAACGGACCUUGUCUGCGGACCACCGCGCCCCGGAGCGCCCAGGACCUGGAAAUGAGAGCCCCGGUCGCGGCCGCAGCCGGUCCCGGAGGUGGCCCGCCCUCCGUGCGCAGAGCGAGGCCUCAAUAAACUGCAGGUGCUGCGGCUGCGAUUCUCCCUCUCUUCGCCUGCCGGAGUCGGGUGGGGGGGGACCGGGGCGCCGGGGGGACCCACACGGCGGCGGGGGACCCGGGGACACACUCCCUGGGCGGGUGCCGGGCGGCG